UUUUCCUCGUCUGAAUGUGCCUCGCACUGUCCCCUUCGAGCUCCUUAGAGUUUGCUCCCAGCCAAGUAGGUUCAGAACUACCUUAUAGCUGUCUACUCAGAAGUAAGUCCUGCAGCGUGUAACGAACUGACUUCCAAGUAAGUGGAUGCAGUAGCACAUCUUUCGAGAGGUUAGAUCGCGACUGCCAGGUGACUGCAAGCAAGUCGCUGGAAUUGAGUCGGCUCCGUGCAGAGGGAAUAUUGGACUACAUCGCAGGGCUGUCCUUCUGGGAACAUCCUUCCCCUUUCAAAGGGGCAGAGUUUCAGCCUCGCACCUUCCUUUUGCAUUAUGAAGAUAAUAAUACGGGGCACUUCAUUUAUUCACGUUCGUAAGAGGACGAUUUCUAGGAGGAAUUAUAAAACAUCUCAGCGAAAAAAGCAGAAAUGCCCCUCUUGGCUUGUCCAUGCUGAGGAGGGGUUCUAGCAAAAAGGAUGCAACGCUGCAAGGACAGAAGUCUCGGUUAUCUCCAUAUUCAGCGUAUCUAACCUUCCAAUCUGCUGACGGUAAGAAGAAGCUUAGCAAAGCUGAAAGGCUGAGGCUGCAGAGAGAAGAGGAAGAGCGGCGGCUGCUUGAGGAAGAGCAAGCGCGAUUACGUGCUGAGCAAGAAGAAGCUAUAAGACUGGAAAAGGAGAGGAUCGAACGAGAGAAGACCGAACGCCUGGAGGCCAAAGAUCAAGAACGCAGAGGAAUUGAACUUGCUGAACUUCAUGUGUUAGAAGAAAACUUUUUAACUGCAAGUCGAUGGAAGGUGAAAGCUAGAAGCCUUGCUAAGUGGGAUCAUUACACCAGCUGUGAUGGGAGUCCAGACCCAACUGUUCCACGGGAAAUCAAUACCUUCAUGAGUCUGUGGCAGGAAGAAAAAAAUGAUACUAUCCAGACAGUUAUUGCGAAGAGCAACAGGGUGCUAGAACUGAUUGAGAAGCUACAGUUCUACAUCUUGGACACGCCUUACCAUGAAAUCUCUGCAGAGGAGGUGGCUCAGUACCAAGAAACCAUUCUGAAGCUGCAAACUCUGCUUCAUCACAAAUUCAGUGAAGCAACAGAACAGCUGCUAAAGCAAGCCAGUAGUUACGCUGAAUCGGAAAGCGGAAACAUGGAGGUGGUCAUUAAAGAGAAGAAUAUCACCUUAUGCAUUUGGGCGAAUCUCAAGAAGAACCCAAGGUUCCGAAACCAAGUCUUCUACGACGAAAAGAAGGAGCCGUGCUACGGGUUUGAACUUCCCAAACCCCUGGCCGUGUGCGACGUGGCAGUGCGCAUCUUGCACACCCAUUAUGAUCACGUGUCCCCCAUUCUGACGUUCCCCAACGAGCCGCCCAAGCUGGACCUCUCAGCGGUCAAGCCAGUGAGCAGUUUGGAGAAGAAAGGGCAAAAGAUUCAGAAGCCUUCAGAAGAAAGCGGACUGGGAAGCGUGACUGAGCCGACCACAGACCGACCAAGGAUCAGUGUCACCCCGUCCAGCCACGAAAUGAAAAGCAUUGUGCACGAGACUGAAAGCUCAGAGGGAUCCAGCAGAAGAAGUUCCUUCAUGCUUGAAUCUGUUUCCAGAGUUCAUAUUGCAUCGCUGCAGAGCGUCAAGGAGGACGAACUGCCGCCGCUCGAAGAAUACGUGGUGGAUUUGCACCAGUUCAUGCCCGUGGGCGGCGUGUACCAUUUCGAAGCCGUGAAGCUCCCGCCUCAAGCCAAGCAAGUCAAAGGCUGGACCAUGGUGGAAGUAAUUCAGAGCUUAAAGGCCACAAUGCAUUUUACUGGCCAGACGGGCGGCUCUUCCUGCGGUCCCCCUGCCCCUUGGUUUGGCCAUGGAAGGAACAAGGAAGCUGAACACACCGUCCUGUGGCUUCCUGACCUCUGGUGGGGUGGGGGGCCAUGGAAAAGUCAACCCCAAUGCGACAUGUUCUCUGUUCUUGGCCAAAAGCUUCUGGACACAGGGCUAGAGUCCUGUCCCUACACUGCCAUGUGUGAAGAAGGCGAGGAUCCCUUUCUCAUGACUGUAGGACUCACCAUCCAGCUUCUUGACAAAGUGAUGUAUUUUGAGGAGCCGCUGAUCGCAAGAUGGGAUCCGGAAGGCAAGUGCUGGAGGACGGACGGGAUUGGAGACGUGGUCUACAACAUGAAAGAGAGAGAGAUCUCCUUCAAAAUGAACGGCUUCUUUGUCGUAACGCUGCUCCAGGACACGCACAUCAGUAUGCCGUAUCAGUUCUGGGAGCUGCGGCCCAGGAGCACCAACGAAGCCAUCUUCUGCAUCCUCACGACCUUUACCGAGGUGGAGAUCCACAUCAAGGGCAAUCAGUGUAUGCUAGAGAGUGUGCGCACCGUAGACGAUUUUCUUCAUCUGUCCGAGCUGAAGGGGGUAUGGAUGACCCCACUGUCUCUUGCGCUGACUCUGAAGCAGGCCGGGCUGAACAUCUUCCCAGCUGAAUAUUCUCCAAAGUACGUCAGCAUAAACAGAAAGACGCUUCUGGCAGAAAUUACUGCUUACCAGCAAAUGGCUCUCGUUGCAUCGGCUUUUGCCUUCAGCUGGAGCAAGUGGAACCUGCACAGCGGAGAGGAGAACGUGGUCUUUAAGGCUUGUGAGCACCUUGGGCAAGAAGAGGUGAGCGACGGAAGCUGGGCCCUUUACAUGUUCAACGGGCAGAGAGCUCAGAGGCUCGAGAUCUCCGAGGAGAGCGAGACCUUCUCCAAGAACAUCGCAGAAGACACGGAGUUCCACUCCACUCUGUACCACCUGAUCCGAGAUGCCGGAAGCGAUGCUGGGAUGGAGAGGGUGAAUCAUACCGACUGCCUUUUCGUGGAUGUGGUGCAUCAGCUGCUGCUCGCUACCCGGGUGCUAACGUACUCUUAAGUCACCACCAUGCCACUUUUGAACUUUAUUGAGUCAAAGACACUCCCGUCCAUAAA